CUGAACUUUAGAGCACUCUGGAAUCCUGUGUUGAUGUUGCUUUGCAUGAACUAUUUACUUGUGUCUGUUAUCAGAGGAGCGUGCAAUGACUGGGGACAGAUGUACAUCAUCUCAAACAAGGGGCAGUCACCCCUGUCAGGUGGGUACUGUCUGAUAUGGGGAAUAAUCAUGCAGUAUAGUUUCUCCCAGUGUCUAUUUCUUUUUCUCUUAAGUUGAAGAACUUAACACGAGUAUAGUUUAUAAGCUAGUUAUUGUUUAUCUAAUUUUUGUUCAAUUUUGAGCUCUGGAGCAUAAAUCUUUACAAAAUCAAGUUUCCCCUACAAAUUCCAAUUUUGGAAAACAAUUUAAUGGCCACAAAGGCAUUUAUCUAAUCAUUUAAAAAAAUCAUACUUCAUAUUAUUAAAUGAAACAACUAUUUCAAUUUUAAAGGAAGCAGUUUUAUAAGUAGCCAAGAGAUUGGUGGAAUUGUCGGCUCCUUAUUGACUGGCUACCUCUCAGACUUCAUGGUGUCCAAGGCAAGUAUUAACCUCAUUGAAACCCAUUUGAAACCAAAACCUGGUUAGCUUGUUAAGUUGUUUAUUAACAACCCUGCCCCACCCUGCCCUAUAACUAAUAAUGAUGCCCCUGAUUGUGGCCUUGUUGAUAGCUGCUGAUGUAUGACUUCAACAAUCUGAGAUUUACUUAUGCAUAGGAUUCUUUUUAAAAAAAAGAGUUUUUAAGUUUAAAAAAAAGAAAACAGCGUUUUUAUAACUAAUAACUUGUUUUAAUGUUUUUUUUACAGGGGUCCAGCAGUGCCAAGCCACGGCUUAGCCUGACAAUGUUUUUAACUGUGAUACAAACACUUGCAUUGUACUUCAUUGUUUUCAAGACAGACUCACAAUCGACACAGGUACUGUGCUGUGAUAUAUUGAGACAUAUUGUAAUCUCUUCUUGUUCUGCUCCUCUGCUCUGUGCUUAUUCAUUGGUCUACCAAUCACUUUUAUGCAAACAGAAAUUUACAGAACUGUCAUGCAAAUACUUAAGUGACUCUUCCAAACCACUAACAGGAAAACACGUGCAUGAGUCUACAAAGUGCUGACCAACUUCAACCUGAUCUUUUACGCUGAAAUUUUUCAUACAAGUCGUUUGGCCGCAUCUUGGCACUGACCAUUUCUUAUAUUUAUUUUAUUUCCCCAGCUUUGGACCAACAGUUUGGGUUUUUUCAUUGGUUUUGGAAUGUAUUCAGCCAUUUCCCUCCUUGGUGUGGCUUCUAUGGAAACAGCACCUAAAAAUCUCUCGGGCACUGCACAUUCUCUAGCGACAUUAGGGGGAAACCGUAAGCUUAUUUAUCACUUAUAUUGGUGACCAACCACUUUAUUUGGGCAGUUUAUUUAAUUAUUAAUCAAUUUAAGAAAAGCCGAUAAAGAACUUAAUGGUGUGAGCAAGUCAGUCACAUUUUAUUUCAUCAGUGUAUUAUCUAUGAAGUAAAGUUCUAGUUGUUUUUUUUCCUAACAUGUGGAUAUUUAUGAAUGUCAGUGUAGAGUGAGAGCCUUUUUUAAAAAAACAACAACUAGCCAUUGAGUUUAAUGAGAAUUCAAGGAAGUGACCAAUCAAAUCAAAGCCAUUUUUUCUACACAAAAAUAGGAUUUGCUUUGGAUUAAACAGUUGAAAAAAGCAAUUAAUUUCCAUUAUCCCACUUGCCCAUCAGAUUCUGAUUUAAAAUCUUCUUGCAUCUUUAUAAUUUGAUAGAUUUAUUAUUUUAUACAGACAGAAGUUUAGUAACAUUUAAAAUGUUGCCUUCAAAAUACAUUUAAACUUUUAUUGUUUUAACAGUUGGACGUGUUCUGGCUGGCUACCCACUGAGCAUUAUAGCUACAUGGAUGUCCUGGCAUGAGAGUUUUAUAGUAGUUUUCUUAACUAGUUUUUUAUCAAUUGGCAUUUCCUGUUUGUGCCUCAGGUUUUUGAAUAUAAAAGAACAAAGUGCUCCACUAAAGAAAUUUGAUUAAUGAACUCUUUG